AUGGAUAUAUCCAGAGAUAUGAGUUUGGUAUUUGGAGCUGUCAGGGACGAGGACAACAUCCAGUCCAAACAGCAGAACAAUAGCGAUUCGUUGUACAGGGAGCUUAUGGGUUCAUCGGGUUUACUCACAAUAGGAGGCACCACACGACAUGUUAACUAUGAGGACUUGCAGUUUAUCGCAGACUUGGGUUAUGGGAGUUGUGGACAUGUAAAGAAAAUGCAGUAUAACGACAAUGUAAUGGCGGUUAAGUCCAUGCCGAGAAGUACUAAUCCUGUCGAGAGUAAAAGGAUAAUGAUGGAUCUUCGAAUCUUGUCAAGAGCUUAUGAUUGUCCUCAUAUAGUCCACUCAUAUGGUUACAUCAUCACCGAGAAUGAAGUUAUGAUAUGUAUGGAGGCAAUGGCCACUUGUUUGGAUCUGCUUUUGAAGCGAACGAAUAAUGCUCCGAUUCCUGAGCCGAUAGUUGGAAAAAUGUCUGUCAGCGUGGUGAAAGCGCUACAUUAUCUCAAGACUAAUCAUAAUGUGAUUCAUCGUGAUGUGAAGCCGUCUAACAUACUUCUGGAUUGGAAUGGAGUUGUGAAGCUUUGCGACUUCGGUAUUAGUGGUUUUCUGAUAGAAAGCAGAGCGAAGUCCAAGGGAGCUGGGUGUCCUCCGUACAUGGCUCCGGAAAGAGUGCGGGUAACUGAAGAUACUCCAUAUGAUAUACGCAGUGAUGUUUGGUCGCUUGGAAUAACGCUGGUUGAGCUUGCAACUGGGCACUUUCCAUACAAGGGGACAGACUUCCAGAUAAUCUCGUCCAUCCUAGAGUAUCCAAGCCCUUCAUUAAGACCAUCGGAUGGCUACACACCAGAAUUUUGUGAGCUAGUCGAUUUGUGUCUGAGGAGGAAUGUGGAGGAACGACCGGUAUAUACCGAAAUACUGAAGCAUCCAUUCAUUGUGAGGAAUGAAAAUGCUGACACUGAUGUUUCGGAAUGGUUUGGCGAGAUAAUGACACUUAAAUGAAGCCGGUUGUUUUCACUCUUCGAAAACCCGCUUAUUCUACCAAACAGGCUUACCAAAAUCUGUGUUACUGUAUUUUUUUGCGCAGUUAUGUUCUAGAGUAUAUGUUGUUUGUAAAUUCGCCGUACGGGUCUUCUAUGUACAUGUUGGCUGAUGUGCACCUCACUGUUAACAACAUCUAAGGCCUCCAAGAUUCAAGGGGUAACAUGCGC